AGGGAGGGACGGAGGGAGAGGAGAGGAGACGAGAGGAGAGGAACCGAGGAGAGGAACCGAGCAGAGCCGAGCCCAGCCCGCCGCCAGACCGUCCGUGCGUGCGGCUCCGUGCCGGCUUUGUUGUGCUCGGGCUCGGGCCCGGGCCCGGGGGCGGGGAAGCGGAGGGAAGCGGGGAAGGCUCCGCUCCUCCUCCGCGGCCCCGGCCCCGCUCAUGGCGACGCUGGGCACAUCCGGGCCUCUCCUCCUUCUCCUCCUCCUCCUCCGGCGGCCGCCGCUGCCCUGAGCGCCCGGCCCGGCUCCAUUCGCGCCUCCCCCGAGCCCUUGGCGGAGCAGCGGCGGGGGAGCCCCGGCCGGGGCCAUGUCCAACCCGGGGGCCCGGCGGAACGGGCCCGUCAAGCUGCGGCUGACAGUACUGUGUGCAAAAAACUUGGUGAAAAAGGAUUUUUUCCGACUUCCUGAUCCCUUUGCUAAGGUUGUGGUGGAUGGAUCUGGCCAGUGCCAUUCUACAGAUACUGUGAAGAAUACACUUGAUCCCAAAUGGAAUCAGCAUUAUGACCUAUAUAUUGGGAAGUCGGAUUCAAUAACAAUCAGCGUGUGGAAUCACAAGAAAAUUCAUAAAAAGCAGGGAGCUGGUUUUCUGGGUUGUGUGAGACUUCUUUCAAACGCAAUCAACCGCCUUAAAGACACUGGUUAUCAGAGGUUGGAUCUGUGCAAGCUUGGGCCAAAUGACAACGAUACUGUUAGAGGACAGAUAGUAGUCAGUCUUCAGUCCAGAGACCGAAUAGGCACAGGAGGACAAGUUGUGGAUUGCAGUCGGUUAUUCGAUAACGAUUUACCAGACGGGUGGGAGGAGCGCAGGACUGCUUCUGGAAGGAUCCAGUAUUUAAACCACAUCACACGGACAACUCAGUGGGAGCGACCGACACGGCCAGCAUCUGAGUACUCGAGCCCAGGCAGGCCCCUGAGCUGCCUGGUGGAUGAGAACACUCCGAUCAGCGGCACCAACGGCGCGUCCUGCGGGCAGGCGGCGGAUCCGCGGCUGGCCGAGAGGAGGGUCCGCUCCCAGAGGCACAGGAACUACAUGAGCAGAACACACCUGCACACUCCUCCUGACCUACCUGAAGGAUAUGAGCAAAGGACAACUCAGCAAGGUCAGGUCUAUUUUCUGCAUACUCAAACUGGUGUGAGCACGUGGCACGAUCCAAGAGUUCCUAGGGAUCUUAGCAACAUCAAUUGUGAAGAGCUUGGUCCACUGCCUCCUGGAUGGGAGAUCCGAAAUACAGCAACAGGCAGGGUUUAUUUUGUUGACCAUAACAACAGGACGACGCAGUUCACGGACCCGCGGCUCUCUGCAAACCUACACUUGGUCCUAAACCGGCAGAACCAGCUCAAGGACCAGCAGCACCAGCAGCAGCAGCAGGUGGUGUCCCUGUGCCAGCUCCCGGACGAGGCCGAGUGCCUGACGGUGCCGCGCUACAAGCGGGACCUGGUGCAGAAGCUGAAGAUCCUGCGGCAGGAGCUGUCCCAGCAGCAGCCUCAGGCUGGCCACUGUCGGAUUGAGGUCUCCAGGGAGGAGAUUUUUGAGGAAUCCUACAGGCAAGUCAUGAAGAUGAGGCCAAAGGACCUAUGGAAACGAUUAAUGAUAAAAUUUCGUGGGGAGGAAGGCCUUGAUUAUGGAGGUGUUGCCAGGGAGUGGCUGUACCUGUUGUCCCAUGAAAUGCUGAAUCCAUACUAUGGGCUCUUCCAGUAUUCCCGAGAUGAUAUCUACACCCUGCAAAUCAACCCUGACUCCGCUGUCAACCCGGAACACUUGUCCUAUUUCCACUUUGUGGGCCGGAUCAUGGGGAUGGCUGUGUUCCAUGGGCACUACAUUGACGGGGGCUUCACGUUGCCUUUCUACAAGCAGUUGCUUGGGAAGCCAAUUACUUUGGAUGACAUGGAAUUGGUUGACCCUGAUCUCCAUAACAGCUUAGUUUGGAUACUUGAGAACGACAUCACCGGGGUCCUGGACCACACGUUCUGUGUGGAACACAACGCCUACGGGGAGAUCAUUCAGCACGAGCUGAAACCCAAUGGCAAAAGCAUCCCCGUGACAGAGGAGAACAAAAAGGAAUAUGUCAGACUUUAUGUGAACUGGCGGUUUUUACGAGGAAUUGAAGCUCAAUUCCUGGCGCUCCAGAAGGGAUUUAAUGAAGUAAUCCCACAACAUCUGCUGAAGACAUUUGAUGAGAAGGAGUUAGAGCUCAUUAUUUGUGGACUGGGAAAAAUUGAUGUUAAUGACUGGAAGGCAAAUACCAGGUUAAAACACUGUACCCCGGACAGCAACAUCGUGAAAUGGUUCUGGAAAGCUGUGGAGCUCUUCGAUGAGGAGAGGAGGGCGCGGCUGCUCCAGUUCGUGACCGGCUCCUCUCGGGUGCCUCUGCAGGGCUUCAAGGCACUGCAAGGUGCUGCCGGCCCACGACUCUUCACAAUACACCAGAUUGAUGCCAGCACUAAUAAUUUGCCGAAAGCUCAUACCUGCUUCAACAGGAUCGACAUUCCCGCGUACGAGAGCUACGAGAAGCUCUACGAGAAGCUGCUCACGGCCAUCGAGGAGACCUGUGGCUUUGCUGUGGAAUGACCCUCCCAGCCUCUCCCAGACUCUAUUUAUACUCCUGUCAGCCAGAAAGCCCUUCCUUCCCUCAGCCGAGACUCAAGAAAUGCUUGAAAUACAGGAAACUUUCCCUUUUCUACACUAGGACACUGGGAGGGAAAGGACAACUUUUGGAUUUUUUUUUUUAAUUUUUUAAAUUUUUUAUUUCAAGAAAAUAGGUUCUGUGGUUCCUGCCAUAGGAUCAUUCAGCUGCUAUUAAAAACUAAUAUCUUGAACAUACAGAAUGCUGACUUUUCCUACAUUUCAACAGUUAAGCAGUAUUCUAUACUUAAAGACUACUACUAUUUUUGUAAGAGGUAAUCUAUUAUAUUUGCCUACCUGAUUUCUAUUCUCAGAUACCAAGACACAACUUCAGCAGUCGGUACAAGUCACGUUUCAGCCUGUUUUAAAUGUAUGAUACUGAACAGCAUCUAUACCUGCUAUUUUUGGAAAAAAAAUAUUUUGGAUUAUUCUAACUUUGCAUAAAAUUGGCUGAAAGAAUCAUUAAUCUUUUUAAUGAAAGCCACUUACAUGUUAACUGCAUUUUCUUAUAGUAAACCAUUAUAUUCUGCAAUGUAAAUUCCAGGUAAAUGUUGCCACAGGGGCUUUUUUUAUAUUUUUCAAGCAGGAAUUCCAAAUAUGACGUUUUGGGGUCCUAUUUAUAUCAUUUGUCAGAUUCCUCCAGCAGAAUUUCUAGCGAGUGACACAGACUGUAUUUGGUACAGUCCUUGUGUUUACACAUGGAAUAACCUUUUCUUAAUGAACAGUAGAUGUUUUGUUGUUUUUUUUUAAACAGCAUUUUUCUAACAAGUCUGUCAAGAGUAUUUUUUGUUGCUUUUGACCUUAAAUUGAAACACUGCAUUUUUCAGCUGUUGAAGCACUGAUGGGCUUUGUCAGCAGAAGCCUGUCAGCAGUUUGUUCCUGAAUCCAUCCUGUCCAGACAACCAAAGUUUGUUUGAAUGCAGCCAAAUCAUAUUCUAUAUUUGUUGAUGCUAAAGAUUUAUCAGGUAAAACAUGUUGUAAUCUUUGUCCAGCUGCUCAUGACACGUGGGUUUAAGUUACAACUAAGGAAAAAUGGUGUAUUGACUGAAAUAUGUGUAAUGUGCUUUGGAAAUGAGGUUGUAAGAGCACAUAAUUUAUUGAUUGUAGGGAUGGAAGUAAGUAUAUAUAUGAUUUAUAGCAUGGGUUGAUCUCUUCAAAGGGGAAUAAAAUGCACUACCAGUAGAGGGAACUGAACUUUGACGUUAGUUUGGAAAUUCUCAGUUGAGAUCUGUCUGAUCUGCUCGUGGUGUGUGGAUAAAUCAGGCUGCUUCAGAGACAUUCUCCUCUCAGCCAUGAGAAUAUUUGGAAUAAGUAGCAGGUUUUUUCCAAUCAGUGUUGUGUUUUUGUAACUUAGGUUACAAUUAAUCAUCAAAUCUGCACUAUUUUUUCACUGCCAAUGAGAAGAAAGUCAAAGGUAUUGAAAAUGCUAAAGGGAUGGGAUGUAACCAGCUGUUCCAUGUUUGCAGUGUAAGUCACAGUGAAGCAGCUCAUUUGCUGUCUGUUCUGUGGAGCUUGAACUAAGUUUUGCUCUGCCAAGUCUGACUGCCACAGUGAGUAAACUACUACUGGAUGUUGUGUGUUAGAAUAGUGGGCAAGGGACUGCUUUUAUAGAAUUGUGGUGAGAAUCUGGUGAGCCAAAUCCACAUGUUGGUUUAUUUUUUUUGUACAGCUGUUGCUGGCAGGUUUGUUUCAAGAGACUCGCUUCCCUUUCUGGGCUGGCUGCAGGAUGAGGCAAGUUAGGGAUGUAAACAGAAAGCCAAGAGACUUGCUGGGACAGCCAGGUUUGAAAUACAUCAGAGCCUUUUUAUUUCAGUGGACUCUUGCACUCCUAUUGAAGGGUUGGUACUUUUGCAUCCAUGCUGGGCUCCCCAGUUCAGGGCCUUCAGGUCACUCUGUCCCCAUGGGAAGCUGCCCUGUGCCUGUGCAGCUCUGGGGGAGCACAGCAGGUUCUUGCCCAGAAUUUGUCACUCAAAGUGCUGCCUGUGGCUGGGGCCACAGCUCCAGCCCCACCCAAAGCCUCUGCUUUGGUCUGAGUGGUGUGAGUGACUGUUGCAGAGGUUUUACAGACAGGUUCUUGUGACUGUUCACAUAUGAGUGUCAUAGAACUCAUAGAAGUGUGUUUUUUAGGUUUUUUUUUAUCCCCCUGUCCUUGCCCAGGCUGUGGCCGCAGCCUCCCUGGUCAUGGAACAUGGCAAAUUUAAAAUCUGGCUGGUGCAUUUGUUGAAUGCAUAGUUUUGGUUACCUUGCUGUCAUAAAAGCAUCUUUGAGGAGGGAGGAGAUGAGCUCUGCAGAAAAGAGACCCAAGAUCAGCUGAUAAUUACAUUCAUUUUCACAGCAGCCUUAGCAGUACAUCUGUUUUUCUACCAAACAUUUUGGUAUGGCAUUGAGAAUUUUUUUUAAUUGCCACAGAUAUUGUAAAUUUAAUAUAUUAAAGGCAAAACUAUACAAAUCUGCAUUGAACUUUCCAUAGCUGACAGAUGAGGAGGAAUAUACCAAGUAUUUUGAGUGCCUUUCUACCUUCAUAAAGACUGAGAGCUUUAACUAAAGCACCUCAUCACCCAGUCAGAUGUUUAUCUGAAAGUGGUAAAGGUUGAUUCCUUUCCAAAAUUUUGUUUCAAGAACAUGUCAGCUACUUUCCCCUCAAAAAGGUGCUAAGCCUAAUAUUGCAUUUUAACCUUGGACUUUCACCCCAUGAUUAAUGUGAAUAUUUAUUUCAAUGUGUCCCUCUUACUGGGUUUUACUUUAUCCAGUCUUUAGUUGUUUUAGAGAGAUGUCACAUCAUGGUUUUAUGCUGUUGCUUUUCAUUAUGAAUGUUUAAUUAUGAACAGUGACUUUUGUAGAUUUCAAAUAUACAGUUCACAGUUGAGUUUCAGAGGAUUUAAUUUCUCGGUGUAAAGAGUUUAGUAAUGGUGCUUUGUACAGUAUGUAUUCUAAUUUUUUUUUUGCACAUAGGUUCAGUUUCCCUAAACUGAUUUAUUUGUACCAAAUUUUUGUGUUGUACUAAAGUCCAGAGCACAGAAGCUGUUUUGAAAUUCCUGUUCUACAACACUACAUCUGUACUGAACUCCUGGUGUGUUUAAAAGGCUGCAUUGAUGGAAGUACAAGCUUUGCUCCUCUGUCACAGCACCAUCCUCCAGCUCAAUGUAGCAUCUUUUUAAACAGCACCACACAGUUAACAGGUGCCAUUGUUGUACUUUACACUAUGUAGUAGGUUCCUGGCUCUACACAUCCUCAGAACCUUGUCUGUAGUUGUAAUUAGUUUAUACAUGUGUAAUUACUCCUCCACAAACUGACAGUUCUUAGUUUAUCAUUUCCAUUGUAUUUAUUACAGAGUGUUUUAGCGUUGCUAUCAUUGUAUUUUCACCCAGCUGUUACAUGAGCUUUAACAAAAAAAAAAAAUCUGUAUAAAACGGUUUUUAAGUACUUAAUGUAUGUACCCAUGCAGAAGUUGAGCAAUAAAUUGUAUGCUGUUUGCACUGUCACAGCAUCAAUGGUUUUAAAAGUUUUAAGUUGUUCUUAAUUAAAUCUUUAAGAUGUAA